CAGAUUCACAGAUCCCUAAAAGCAUGCUUUAUCCCUUAUGGAGGCCGAGAGUACGGUUACGGAAGCUAUGAGGUAUUGGCACUGAAACAAACACCCAAGGAGUCGGCAGUGAAACCAAAACCAGAAGUAAAGACCACACCAAAGGAACCAGAGAAGAAAGAUGACGGCUUGUCAGACUUUGAAAGGAGGGUAUUGCAACGCCACAAUUAUUACAGGAAGAAACACGGAGCCCCGGCCCUAACUAUGGACCGA